ACCCCUCUCUGCAAAAUGGCGGCGGUAGCUCCGGCGGCAGAUCCGGCUACGGCGCUAGCGCCUGUCCCGGCCGCGGCCCCGGCGCCCGUCCCAUCAGCCCCGGCGCCCGCCCCGGCAGUAGCGACGCCAGCAGGAGGCGCCGCCCCGACGGCGGCGGCCCCGGUAGCCGUGCCGCCCGCUCCGCCCCCGCCCCCGCUGUCAGCGGUGCUGGGCGGCCCCUUCCCCGGCGGCCGCGUGGUCCGGCUGCACCCAGUCGUGCUCGCCUCCAUCGUGGACAGCUUCGAGCGGCGCAACGAGGGCGCGGCCCGGGUCAUCGGCACCCUGCUGGGCAUGGUGGACAAACACUCCGUGGAGGUCACCAACUGCUUCUCCGUCCCCCACAACGAGUCCGAGGAUGAGGUUGCAGUUGAUAUGGAGUUUGCCAAGAAUAUGUACGAGCUGCACAAGAAGGUUUCUCCCAGUGAAAUCAUCUUGGGGUGGUAUGCCACAGGCCAUGACAUUACGGAACAUUCUGUCCUGAUCCAUGAGUACUACAGUCGGGAGGCACACAGUCCAAUCCACCUAACUGUGGACACCAGUCUCCAGAAUGGACGUAUGAGCAUUAAAGCCUAUGUCAGUGCUCCAAUGGGGGUCCCUGGUAAAACCAUGGGAGUGAUGUUUACACCUCUGACAGUGAAGUACAUUUACUAUGACACGGAACGGAUAGGAGUUGAUCUCACCAUGAAGACCUGUUUCAGCCCUAAUAGAGUGAUUGGUUUAUCCAGUGACUUGCAGCAGGUGGGGUCAGCAUCAGCUCGGAUCCAGGAUACACUGGGUAUGGUGCUGCAGUAUGCAGAAGAUGUGCUGUCUGGGAAAGUGUCUGCUGACAACACAGUUGGGCGUUUCUUAAUGGAUCUUAUUAACCAGGUGCCUAAGAUUUCACCAGAAGACUUUGAGACAAUGUUAAACAGCAAUAUCAAUGAUCUGCUGAUGGUGACCUAUUUGGCAAACCUCACACAGUCUCAGAUUGCUCUCAAUGAAAAGCUCCUGAGCUUGUAACAAACAAGCUCUCUAACCAUCUCACGAUUGGCUGAGAGCUGGAAGAUACAGCAGAGAUCUCCUGCGGUGUUUCGUUACUGAAUUUGGACCAUAAUUUAAUUGCUUAAAUGACUCAAUUAUCCAUGUCCUUCCCAACUCUCCUGAAAAUAUGAGACUGGUUCAAAUUAAAAAAAAAAAAGGAAAGUGGCCACAUCUUAACUGAACCUAUUACUUAAAGUGGAAUUGGUUUCUGUGCAGUGAUGUGAGCUGCUGUCACUCAUUUAUAUAAAAACACAACUCUUUUUAUUGUAAGGAUGCAUUGGUUCUAAAUAAAGUCCCAUUCCACUGGUAA